AUGGCUUGUUGUCUCUAUUUUUUGCAAUGCUCAAGAGCCUGGUUAGCACUUCUUGUUCCAAUAUGUGCAGUGUUAUCAUCAUCUAGCCAUGGAUAUUUCUUGAUCCCAAUCAUCUUCAUCUUUCUCUUCACAUUCUCCCAAAGAAAACCCCAAUUCCAUCAAGAAAAGCACCAGCCUACAUUGCAAGAAGAGGAGAGGGAGCAAGAGGUGGUGUUGAUGGGAUCACAAGAUUUGUACUCAGAGAGUGAGAGCAUGGAACAGUUCUCAUCAAGUGAAGAUCACUCAUCUGAUAUGGAGCGGAGGUUGGACUGCUCGGACGGAUCGAUAUCGGACGAGGAGAGCCUCAUUGAGAUAGAAAUCCCAAGUGGGCAGUUUGUGUGGAAUGAAAAUGAUGUCAAGUGCUGCAAAGAGUUUCAUAAGGAUUUCUGGGGAGAGAUGAAUGAGUUCAAUGAGGAGGAUGAUAACUUGAUUGAGAUUGACAUCAAGAUGGGAUUCAUCAAGUGUUGA